AAUAAUAACAAUGGUGUUGCGAGUGCGACCACUGACAAUACAAUAACCAACAAAACCGGCGAUAUUCAGUGGGCGCCCCCUUCAUUUGUCUCGAGUUGAACCAAGAGAAAGUUCUAAACGAAACCCCCACGCACUCACCUCCCCAUUUGCCCACCAAACAGAGUCAUUUGACAUUUCAAUGAAUUAAUUGCAAAACAACACACCCACCGUUUUGUUAUUUUUCUCCACCAUAAAACCAGUCUUCCCUCUCUUCUCUCCAAUUCUGUACAUUUCAGACCUUGCCAAAACCCUAGAUUUUUUCAUGGAUUCUCGAUUUUUGCUCACUCUUUCUCUUUGUUUCCUUUGCAUUUUCCCUCAUCUCUCCUCUUCCAGAAGUCGCGUCCCAAUAUUGAUCGAGGAGAAGAAAACGGAGGGAUCGGUGCUUAGACUGAGAAGAGGCGCUUCUUCUGCUACCUUCGAUCCAACUCGGGUCAUUCAACUCUCAUGGCGUCCCAGGGCUUUUCUUUAUAAGGGUUUUCUUUCUGAGGAGGAAUGUGAUCAUCUAAUCGAGAUUGCAAAGGAUAAGCUGGAGAAGUCUAUGGUGGCUGAUAAUGAGUCUGGUAAGAGUAUAGAGAGUGAAGUCCGGACGAGCUCCGGAAUGUUCCUUCAGAAAGCUCAGGAUGAAGUAGUUGCUAACAUUGAGGCCAGGAUUGCUGCAUGGACCUUUCUUCCAAUUGAGAAUGGGGAGUCCAUUCAGAUACUGCACUAUGAACAUGGCCAAAAGUACGAACCACAUUUUGAUUAUUUUCAUGACAAGGCUAACCAAGAAUUGGGUGGCCACCGUGUUGCCACUGUGUUGAUGUAUCUCUCUAAUGUUGAAAAGGGUGGGGAAACUGUCUUUCCCAAUACGGAGUCCCAAAUGUCUCAAUCUAAGGAUGAGGACGCGUCUGAUUGUGCUAAACAAGGCUAUUCAGUGAAACCCUACAAGGGUGAUGCCUUGCUAUUCUUCAGUCUUCAUCCUGAUGCAACAACCGAUCCAAGCAGUUUGCAUGGAAGCUGCCCUGUCAUUGAGGGUGAGAAAUGGUCUGCAACCAAGUGGAUUCAUGUGAGAUCCUUCGAAAAGUCAAUAAAGCAUGCAGUUAGCGGGGACUGUGUGGAUGGGAAUGACAACUGCCCCCUAUGGGCCAAAGCUGGUGAAUGUGAAAAGAACCCUACAUAUAUGGUGGGUUCGGAGGGUCUUCCUGGGUUUUGUAGGAAGAGUUGCAAUAUGUGUUCAUCCUAGGGAGGUCAAUAUUUGCAGUUAUUUGGCUUCUUGGGUCUAUACAGAGGGGUUAAUGAUUAGUUGUAUAUAACAUCGAGCUCGGCCAUAGUGAGAUAUAUAUGUUAGAGCUGCUGCCCAGAUUAAACUUUUAUAGUAUAUUCAGUACUUGAGCAGUUUUACUAUCACAAAGAUGAAUCUUUAAUUUCUCCACUAUUUUUAGUGGUAUAAA